GGAGGAGAGUGAGAUUUCUGAGCACUGCUUUGACCUCAUCUUCGCCUUCGAUGAGAUUGUUGCCCUUGGUUAUAGAGAAAAUGUCAACUUGGCCCAGAUCCGGACAUUUACAGAGAUGGACUCUCAUGAGGAAAAGGUGUUCCGUGCCGUCAGAGAGACUCAGGAGCGUGAGGCUAAGGCAGAGAUGAGACGGAAGGCUAAAGAGCUUCAGCAGAUAAGGCGUGAUGCUGAGCGUGGAAAGAAGGGACCAGGCUUUGGUGGUUUUGGCAGCUCGGGCAUGAGCAGCAGCAGCACAGCCAUCAUCACAGACACACUAAUCGAGCCUGAGAAACCCAAACCCACCCCUGUACAUGUCAGGUCCAGUGGUCCAAGUAAAGCACUUAAACUGGUUGGCAAAGGAAAGGAGGUGGAUGACUUUGUGGACAAACUAAAGUCAGAGGGAGAGAAUAUCAUCUUGCCCAGCACAGGCAAAAGACCAUCAGAGGCAUCCAAAUCUCUGCCUCCUCCAACCCACACAGAGAGGUAAUGAUAUCUCAAUGUUUUUAUGC